UCUGUUUAAAUGAGUUCAAAGGAGCCAGAAAGUUAUGCACUUAAAGUGCCGCCAUUAUUAUUGGCGCCACAAAAUGUCGAAUUUGAACGGCUGCCCAGGCAACCGUUGGCUCCAAAACAAAGAACAAAAAGCCCCCAACUUCCUUUCCAAGUUAUUCCCGGGAGUCUAGAAAAAGUUCUCUUAAAUAAUGUCUCACAAAAGGUUCUAUGUGAGGCUGGAUCUGCAGCUCCAUGCGCUUACCUGCCCGGGCGUUUGGCUUUGCUCCCACGGAUAUUUGGAGGCCACCAUCAAAACGUUGGGAUACUAUUUCCGGACUGGAGCCAUGGAGCCUCGCUUCCCAAUGCUUUGUCACGAUCAGUUCACCAUGGAGGGAUAUUUCAAGAGUGUCGGCUGCCUGGAGGAGUUGCACGAUUUGCUGAGGUCGGAGCAGCUCGAGAUAACUCUGUGGCAGAACGGGAGACGACUGGCUUACUUUGUUGGCAAUCUCUCGGAUGUAAUGCAUCCAACUGUGCCUCGUCUAAGUUGCCCUCACAGCUCCAACGUCCAGCUGUUGAUGAAGGCCACUCCGGCCUUUCCGGGAAUCUUGGCUCCCAAGGUGGAGCUCUCCGCCAAACUUAGCACGCAGGAUCGCAGGAAAGGAUGCAGUUGCUCCAGUCUUCGGGAUGAGUCUGUCGCUCCGCCAGUCCCAGUUGCCAAUCGCCAUGUGAAUAGUCGCUGUUUGGGUCAAACGGAGCAGCCGCGAAAGCAACAGACCGUGUGCCAUGGACGGAAAUCCAACUGUUGUCCCAAUUGGAAAUAUCCUUCUUAUCCUGAUCAGCCAAAGCCUCCACACCGACGGCUAUCCACUUGUUCCGGAAGCACUCAAAUGAGCAGUGUCAGUCAGAGCUCCUCGCUGACGCAGUGCAGCCACUUAUCCAGCUGCAGUGAUUUGGUUGACGAGCACCAGAGAAGCUGCGACAUCUGCCAAACUUACAGACGCAUGUUUCCAGCUUAUUAACGGAAUUAUUUCUACAAAAAAGGAAGAAUUCUCUUAUGGGAUAGCUUACUUUACGAAGUCCAAAAAUACAUGUUGUUAAAUGUUAUUGAAACGAA